GUUCAGAGGAGAGACAAAAGAAAUUACAAGAAUUGAGACAGCGUAUGCAAAAAUCAACUUCAGAUAACAGAGCAGCUAUUAAUGAGGAGCAUAACACAUCGAGAAACCAAAUCAGAGUGGCGCAGAAACAAGAAAAGAGAGAUAAACUCGCUGAUGCGAUACAAGAGAAGAAACGUGCUUUAGAAGGUGGUGAAGAUGUAGAGAGAUCAAAGAAUAUGGAGUACUCUAUAGAGGAUAACGAGCGAUGGGAGAAGAAGCUAAAAGAUAAGGCAAGGCAAUCUAACGCUGAGUUUGAUGACGCAGAGCAAGUCACCCACCGUCGCUACAGAAGAGACCUCAGUUAUAUGAAACCUAACAUAGCUAAUUACAACAGACAAAAGGAACAAGCAUUAGGUUUGCCAGCUGGUACACUCACAGAAGAACUCGCGAAUCCAGAUAUGUCCUCUACGUUGGAUCUACAUAGAGGAGCUGAUAGUUUGAUAUACGCUGAUCAUAAGCCAACGGAGGAAGAUUUAGACAGAUUAACGAACAAACUCAACGAUGACGUACAACGUCGUAAGAACUUCUCAAGAAAGAGACCAGAGAAGGAGGAGGACAAGACCUAUAUCAAUGAUCGCAAUAAAGUCUUUAACAAUAAGAUAAACAGGUACUUCAACCAAUAUACUAAAGAAAUACGUGAAUCUUUCGAAAGAGGUACAGCUUUGUAAUUUAUUUUGUAAUUUUAAACCUUCAUUUUAUACAGC